AUGCCGAAUAGAAAGCAAGAAAAGAGCGCUCCAUCGGGAGAUGCUAACCCUGUAGCAGAUCAAGCUAACUCGAGUGCAACCGGGCCUGGAGUCACUACGAGCGAUCUGCUCCGGGCUAUCGAGUCACUCAAAUCCGAAUUGAAAGAAGACAACGAAAAGCUGAGAAGUAAUAUAAAUACAAUGCAACUGGAACUGAGCAACAAACUGGAUACGGUGACUGAGGACAUACAAGACUUGAAAGAGCGAAUGGGGACUGCGGAAACUCGAGUGUCCGAGGUGGAGGACGUGACACUGGUGCUGACAGAGGCGCUCUCUGAAUGCCUCAAACGACAAAGAAACCUGCAAUCCAAGGUUACUGACCUCGAAUCCAGGUCCCGUAGAAAUAAUAUUCGUCUUUUUGGAGUGAGAGAAGGAGAGGAGAACACAUCCGUAAUGCAAUUCAUGGCGGACUUUCUCCAGCGCGAGUUACCUCUGACGGGCAUAGAGCUAAAGAUACAACGGGCUCACCGCGUCCCCGCACAGAAACCCCGCUCCGGUGCCCCGCCAAGACCCAUCGUGGUGAACUUUCAGGAGUUCACCACGAAAGAAUUGAUCCUGAGAGAGGCUUGGAGAAAGGGGCGGAUCCAGCUGAACGGCAAUGCUGUAUACUUUGACCACGACUAUGCUACAGAGAUUGUCCAAAGGCGCAAGGAAUAUCAAGUGAUUAAGAAGGCACUGAAGGAGAGAGGCGUGCGCUUCCAAACGCCAUACACAAGCAUACGAGUUCACUGGCAGGAUGGAGUUGCAGUUUACAGAAGCGCGCAUGACGCGGGAUGCGAGCUGCAGAGACGGGGAUACGACGUGCAGGUGCCAGCAACCAGCGACGAGGACACGGCGGCCAGGAUUCAGAAGUGCGUGGAGUGGCAACGGGGUGCACGCCCACGGAGAGAAAUGAUAACAUCCACUGCGCAGCGGGCUAAAGAAAGACUGAGAGAGUUCCAAAGAGGCGAGGACGAACGAUUAUAG